AUGGUGGGAGGUUCAGGUGGAUUGAAUUCAUUGGGACUUCUUAGCGGGAAUGAGGGUAGACGAGGCGAGGGAGGGGGGGGUAGAGGAGAGGAGGGAAGGGAGAGCGGGGAGCGUGGGAGUAGUGGGAACCGAGGAGGGGGGGAUGAAGGUGAGGGAAGUGGGAACCGGGAAGGGGGGAAUGGAGAUGAGGAUGGAGGAGAGGAACGGAGGCCAAGGGGGGAAGAGGAUGGUGGAUUCAAAGGAAGGGGGGAUAGCGGAGAGGAGGCAAUGGGGAGUGGGGAGGCUGAGGGAAGUGGGAACCGGGGAGGGGGGAAUGAAGGUGAGGAGGGAGGGGAGGAACGGAGGUCGAGGGGGGAAGAUAUGAGAGUAGGCGAAGGAAUGCCUUCUCAUAGCAACCAGCGGCAGCAGCAACAGCAGAUGCAGCAGCAACAGCAGCAACAGCAGCAACAGGAACAGGAACAGGAACAGGAGCAAAAGGUGAAAGAGAAACAGGAGAAACAGGAGCAAAAAGGCCAACUGGAGCAGCAGGGGCAGCAGGGGCAGCUGAGGGAAAAGCAGCAAGGUGAUCGGGCAGCAACGAUGGCAGCAGGUGUGGGCGGGAUGGCGGAGCAGCCACGUGGAGGCCACGUGGCAGCAGGCGUGGGGGCAGCAGUGCAGGCGUGUGGAGGCCACGUGGCAGCCGCUCUGCACAGCCAGGAGAGGCUGGACGCGGCCCUUGGGAGACUGGCGGCUGGUGGGUGGGUGGGUGGGAUGGACAGCAUACUGGAAGGCCACCCCAUGCAAGUCAUGCCCCCUUACCCCACUCGCGCUGCUACCCCUAUCGCUGCCUCUCCUGCACCCCGUUCACCCUGUCUCCACCUAUCUACAUUAUCUACCCUAUUAUUCACCUUGCCUGCCCCAACCCCAUCAGAGCUGGAUGGCAUACUGGAGGGGCUGCCCAUGCCAGUCAUGCCGCCAUGCACCACCCGCAUUGCUGCCAUGCAGAGGAGAGUGCACGCGCUCACCUCCUCCCUCUCACGCAUCCACGUAUUUGCUCUCCUGAUCCGCUCCCUUCAGACUCGCAUCGAAACCAUGAAGAGGGACCUCCGCUUUCGCAGCGUACGCAGGGAACAACAAUCAGAUCAGACAAAUCAUGCCGCCCAGCAAGAACAGCAGCAGCAGCAGCAGCAGCAACAACAACAACAACAGAGCCACCAGCAGCAACACCAUCAUGGCUUGCCUCUGCUACCAUCCCUUGCUUGUAUGCCCCACAUCUCUCUCACAUGCACGCCCACAUCUCACAUGCACGCCCACAUCUCACAUGCACUCCCACAUCUCACAUGCACGCCCACAUCUCACAUGCACGCCCCACAUCUCACAUGCACGCCCACAUCUCACAUGCACGCCCACAUCUCACAUGCACUCCCACAUCUCACAUGCACGCCCCACAUCUCACAUGCACGUCCCACAUCUCACAUGCAUGCCCCACAUCUCACAUGCACGCCCCACAUCUCACAUGCACGCCCCACAUCUCACAUGCACGCCCCAUACCUACAUGCACGCCCCACAUCUCACAUGCACGUCCCACAUCUCACAUGCAUGCCCCACAUCUCACAUGCACGCCCCACAUCUCACAUGCACGUCUCACAUCUCACAUGCACGCCCCACAUCUCACAUGCACGCCCCACACCUACAUGCACGCCCCACAUCUCACAUGCACGUCCCACAUCUCACAUGCACGUCCCACAUCUCACAUGCACGCCCCACAUCUCACAUGCACGCCCCACAUCUCACAUGCACGCCUCACAUCUCACAUGCACGCCCCACACCUACAUGCACGCCCCACAUCUCACAUGCACGCCCCACACCUACAUGCACGCCCCACAUCUCACAUGCACGCCCCACACCUACAUGCACGCCCCACAUCUCACAUGCACGCCCCACACCUACAUGCACGCCCCACAUCUCACAUGCACGUCCCACAUCUCACAUGCAUGCCCCACAUCUCACAUGCACGCCCCACAUCUCACAUGCACGUCUCACAUCUCACAUGCACGCCCCACAUCUCACAUGCACGCCCCACACCUACAUGCACGCCCCACAUCUCACAUGCACGUCCCACAUCUCACAUGCACGUCCCACAUCUCACAUGCACGCCCCACAUCUCACAUGCACGCCCCACAUCUCACAUGCACGCCCCACAUCUCACAUGCACGCCCCACACCUACAUGCACGCCCCACAUCUCACAUGCACGCCCCACACCUACAUGCACGCCCCACAUCUCACAUGCACGCCCCACACCUACAUGCACGCCCCACAUCUCACAUGCACGUCCCACAUCUCACAUGCACGUCCCACAUCUCACAUGCACGCCCCACAUCUCACAUGCACGCCCCACAUCUCACAUGCACACCCCACAUCUCACAUGCACGCCCCACACCUACAUGCACGCCCCACAUCUCACAUGCACGCCCCACACCUACAUGCACGCCCCACAUCUCACAUGCACGCCCCACACCUCACAUGCACGCCCCACACCCUCGCUCGCAUUUAAUAGGAUUUGCGCUUCAACUCAAUUCGUCUUUCUGAAAAUGCUUUGUGGUGGAUGCCUGAUUUGCUCUCCUUUCGCCCUUGUCAACCCAUCAGUGCAGCUUCUUUCUUCAGUUCUUUCUCCCAUUGCCCCUUCCCAUACAUUUCGCUUCUAA